GCUAGAGUAUGCUGUUGCGCACAUCUCCGUCCCGACAGCGCCUCCGGUCAGAGGAGGAAUGCUCACACAAUGAGGCUCUGUGUGCAGCAGCUCCGCCGGAGCCUCCGUGUACUGCUCGCACAAAUGAUUGUCAAUGGACUAUUUGAGACGGACCUCUAUCGGUUCUCGCGGCGCCUUUCCCUCCCUGUCGGAAUCUUUCUUUUUGUGGGGGAAAAACUUCUUUGUGACCGGAUUCCAGACCUGAAUGGAGAAAACACACAAACGAAGGACUAAAAUUCUAUCAAAAACACCGUGAGUGCUGAAGUUUGAGAGGGGUUUGAAGUGGAUUUGCGGAUUCUUUGGUUUUAGGGAAGAUUCGCUGCUUUCUCGCUGGUAGUUGAUGGACUUCAGCUGUUUGUGAAGUGCUCUGCACUUGAGAUUAGGCAGGAAUUAAAUGCAUCAGGGAAUGCAGGCGUCUCAUCGCUGAAACUGGAGUUGUGCGUGCCAUGGUUUUGAAUCAUCAGAGGCUUUCACAAUGAGGUGGGAUUAAGAUAGAUGUAGAUUCCUGACUGGAUCGUUAUUUCAGAGAUUUACAAGUUGAUAAAGUCAUCAGUUAGUCAUCAUAACCACUUUUUGGUGGACUUGUAGUUUAUUUAACCAUUUUGUUUUAUAAUCAAAUCUCUGUUGUAAAGAAAAAUAAACACAUUUUUUUUGUUUUCUACAGAUUAGUAUUUUAACUUUGCCCAUGUGACCAAAUUCCUGGUCCAUGCCCGUUCUGUGGUCCAUCAGAAGCUGAGUGGACCUCAGGUUGAACAAACUUGUGAGGGACUUGAGGGCAUGGGGGAGGCCACCCCUGCUCAGUCUACAACAGGGACCUUCGUACCCAUGUUAGGGGUUGGUUUGGGGGCCAUGCCCUCUGGGGUCACCAAUGGGCCGGUGGUGGCCACCUCCAGGGCAUCUGUUGGGCCACCACCGCUCCACAACGCCAUCGUGGAGCGCCUGCGAGCCCGGAUCGAGCUGUGCAGGAGACACCACUCCAACUGCGAGAACCGCUACCAGAGGGGUCAGGCGGAGAGCUCUGACCGCGAGCACGAGAGCACGCUCCACCUGCUCAACAUCGUUCACCAGGGGCCUGGGAACCGCAAGACCAAGGGCAGCCGGGCAUCGAACCAUCAACCCCCGGAGUACAGCAGGGCCAAUGGGGAUCAGAAGAGCUCUGAGGGGGAGCAGAGGAUUUCUACGCGCAUAGCGCUCCAAGGCUCUUUGCGCAGGAAGAUUGAGGGAAACGGCCCCGGACCGGCGCUGAAGCAGAACGGACUCUCCUGUGGCUUCUCCGGCUCAGACUUUAAGCGGAUUCGCAUGGACGCCGGUGUUCUGGAGCACGUCACCUGCAACCCCAACCUAACCCAGUCCCACCCUCUGCAAAGGUCCGCCGGCAUGCAGAGGAAGAACUACAUGAUGCCUCCCGGACUGGGGUCAGAUAUAAUCAAUAUGACUCUGAAGGAAAUGAAAAAGGAGCCCGUGGAGGCCCAGUCCUGCAGCCAGUCCAUCUUUGAGUUCAAGGAUGAAGGCUGUGGUCAGAUCGACCCAGAACUCCAGGAUCUUUUUGAUGAACUGACAAAGUCGGUGCCCCCGCUGAACGAUUUUGAACUGGAGAAGAUGUUGAAACAGGACGAUACGUUCGGUUUGGAUCUGGGUCGGCCCAGCUCGGCCGGGGCGACGGCCAGCUUGUGUUCCCCCAUGGAGAAGCAGAUAAAGACGGAGAACUCUGCGGACUUUGGACCGUCCCACUGUGGCUCGCCGCAGCUUCGACCGGCCUCGGCGGGUCCGUCGUUCACGCUGACCAGCACCUCUUCCACCAACUCCUUGCAGAAGACGAACAACCAGGCGGGACACCCCAGAACCUUGCCGUGCUGGCCAGAAAUAUCCCAUGCACAGCAGCUCAAGCAGAUGGCGGCCAACCAGCAGCAGCAGCAGCCGAGUUCUCUUCUUCAUCACCACCACCAAACACCAAACGUUGGAAUGUCCAGCUGGGCUCCAGCCAUGAACUCCUCCACCAGCACCUUUCCCCAAGGGAAGACCCCCACCUCAGUCCCUCUCAGCCAGCAAAGGCUUGACCCUCAUAGUAAAGAGAUUAGCAACUGUCUCUUCAAGUCCAACGGCCACGCCGGCCCCCACCAACUGGACAUGAAGUGUCCCAGCACCAAACCCACUUUGCACUUCAGCCCCAAAACGACCCACUCCGCCAACCAGCCCAUCAUGUCCAUCAUGACAAGUCCGGCGAGUAAACCCGAGCAGCAGUCCUCGUCACCGGGUCAGAACCAGCCGCAUGCCGGUCUGCACUUCCAAAGCCAGCAGAUCUCCACGCCGGGAUCCCUCUGUCUGCAGCCCAAGUCUGUUUCUGCAGGACUGCCGUUCAGGCUGUCCCAGCCUCAGCAGGGAGUUCCUUCUGGUCCUAACGGAACCUUGGGAGUCUUGUCAGCCCAAUCCCAGCUGCGACACUCGGCGCCCAACAACCAGCAGAAAGGCCCGGCCAAAACCCAGACGGUUCCGAGGCAGCAGCUGCAGCAUCCCGUCAGCACUGCAGAUAAAGACAACGCCUGCGAUCAGUUCAGCCGCCAUCUGACGAGACCGCCGCCGGAUUACAAGCAGUCCAGAGGCAUUGUGGGAGUUCAGCAAGGCAGCAUCUUCACGGGUCAAAGCUCCUCCCAGUCUCCCGGCGGCGGUCCCGAGAACUCACUACAGUCGCUGUCCUGUCACCUCCGAAACGUCUCCACCGCCAAGAUGGGCGGAGCGAUGGCGGCUGACUGUCCGCCCACCUCCUGCAUCAACCAGUUUCAGCAAAACGUCCACAACCGCCUGAACCAAAGUAAGCCCAGGUUCCUGGGUCCCAACGCUCCGGGGAAGUCGUUUGGGAUGAGCGGCACGGCGGGCGUGCAGCACCAGAGGGCCCCGGCGAACCUGCACUCCUCCGGACAGAGUCUAGGAGGCCUGAUGACGAGCGGCGCCAUGGGUUGGGGUUCCGCCAACAAACAAGUGACGGCUGGACUUGGUCUCAGGUGUCUCCCCGCGCCGCAGGGCGUGCCGGACAUGUACGGGCAGAGGCACGUCGGCCCCCCCAACCAGGUGGCGCCGGACCUGGGCAUGCUCCCUCUGACCCCCUCGGUGAGGGAGACGGCCGCCAGACCCAACCCGGCCCUGAUGAGCUCGCCGUCCCCCGUGGGAAACCUCAGCCAGGUGUCGCCUGAGCAGAGGGUGCCGGCGGGUAACUUCACGGAGCCCAGCCCGGGCGCCAACGGCUACCAGAGCAGCCGACACAACCGGGUGACGUUUGACUUUCUCCCCGAGGGAGACAACACGGUUCCCGGCAUCAACGCCGACUCCGACUUCAUCGACGCGCUGCUGAAGUCUGGAUCAGGAAACGACGACUGGAUGAAGGACAUAAACCUGGACGAGAUCCUGGGGGGUCACUCCUGAAUUACAAAGUAAAGGGAUAACAUUUGUAAAUACUAUUAAAAUAAAACUUUCCGUCUUCUUAUUUGUUAUCCGAGUAUCCAGAAUCGUUUGGUCGUGUAUUUACUGUGAAAAGCUCCGGGGCGGUUCUCCGCUCGUUCCUUCCCGGCGGUCCUCUUUGCCGUCUCCCGUUUCCAUGGAUCCCGCUGACGAUCCACGAUUCCCACUGUGAAAACACGUAUGCAUCGCCACCUGAAGAUCACGCCGCUUUAACGUAUCAGACGCCGCCACAGGAUGAAGUGAUCUCUACAGCCGGAUGCUUCCUCCUCGCUCCAUCUGUGGUAUUUUUCAACGCAAUUAUGUAAUCUUUUUUUUUCUUCAAGUGGUAUUUAAUAUUUGGAAUAGCAAGUAGACAUUAUAAUACAUGUAAUUAAUAAAAAUGUAUUUGAAAAAUG